AUGAUAGAAGAUGUUUGGGGGCAACCUUAAAGCGUCACUACCCACGUGUAAACAGAUAUGGCUGACAAAGAGGGUCGAGAUAUACAGUAUGUUUAAAUAUGAAAAAAUCUCAUAUAGAUACAGUAGAUUUUUUAAUAUCACAUUUCUAUAAGCGCUAACAUCUUCUGUCGUGGAAGACAUGUCUGAACAGUGAGGCUACCGUUAAUUGCAUCUCAUUUAAUUAGAAAGGGGUCAGCGGAUGGAGGGAACAUGCAAAAGAGGCAUGCCAUAAAAACGCCAUAAAAAAGGUGGCAGAAGUGCAUUUGAUAAGAGCUCGGCAGGGAUCGUGUCAAUGGACGAAUCACACAUGACAGGAAGGAGGAAGUGAGAGAGCGCGGAGGAGUGUAGCGUGCAGAAGGUUGCGCAUUGUAGGGAAAUUUUAACGCAUACACGCGCGCGCACACGCCUGUACACACAUGUACACACAUAGUUCAGUUUCAUAUGUGAAAAUUGUAAAUAGCUGAUGGUGUUAUAUUUGUAAAUACAUUGCUAUUUUGAUGUAAAACAGCCCCUUUUUUGUGUUGUUUAUGUCGGUAUAGUUGUUUAGAUAUUUGAGCUGUCGCAAAAGCAAAAAAUAUUUGUGUCAAAGUGUUGCUUAAAGUUAUGCUUAAAAUGGAAAAAAAAAUGUUAAAAAUGUAAAAAUGUUAGAAAAAUGCUUGAAAGGUUUCCUCCCUUUUCUAGUGGGGAACUGAUAUUUUCCUGAAACUUAUCUCUGUUCUACUGCUGAUUACUAAAGAACGGAAAAGGUAGAAACUAACUUUUUUUUCUAAUGAAAGAUGAGGGUCUAGUCUUUAUUUUGAUAGGUCCAAUGUUUGUACAUCCAUAGACACAAUACUCUAUGUGCUAGAGUAUCUAGGUAUCUGGCUAUCUAGUCAUACAAGUUGUUGCUCAUGUUGAACACUGAACUGGGAUCAGUCCUAGGAUCGUUUUGUCAAAAAUAUAUUCUUUGGCCCUCAGAACGAUGCCGGUUACUAAUACUGUAUGUAGCGUUCACUCAUAGAGCUUGAAAAGUAAGUUCCAUAGUUAUAAAAAGGAUGGUCACCAUUGUCUCCAGUGUUAGUCAUUGAGUGAGCUCCACUUCUGUCUCUCUCUGCCUCAGUUUGGGGGGGGGGCAAUCAUGUGUGAGGAAGAGGAGGAGAGUUGAGCUGUGGAAAUGAGAGAGGGAAUAGAAUGCAUGUAGCGUGUUGGUCAGAGUGGAGCUCAAAGAGGUGAUGGAGAUGUUAACAAGAGAUGACUGGCAUUGUCACGAGGAUAAGAAAGUGCUCUGUGCGGACAGAGUGGGUCAGAUGACGAAGACCUACAGUGACAUUGAUGCUGUCACACGUCUUCUGGAGGAGAAAGAGAGAGAUCUGGAGUUGGCCGCAAGGAUCGGUCAGUCCCUCCUGAAGAAGAACCGAGUUCUGACGGAGCAGAAUGACUAUCUGGAGGAGCAAGUGGGACAAAUCACUGAGGAGGUGGCACAGCUGCAUCAUGAGCUGAACCUGAAGGACGAGCUGCUGCAGUUUUACACCAACGCGGCCGAGGAGAGCGAGGAGGAGUCGGGCGGUUCCCCAACGGGCAAAAAGAGUCGAGUGGACGCCGCCUGUGGAAGCUUCCUGAGCGACACGCUGCAGAGGAAACUCAAAGAGCUUGAGGAAGAGAACCUGUCGCUCCGUUCUGAGGCGAGUCAUCUCAAGUCAGAGACUGAAACGUACGAAGAAAAGGAGCAGCAGCUUGUCAACGACUGUGUGAAGGAACUCAGGUUGUCCAGUCUGCAGAUUUCUGCCAUCGCAGAGGAACUGGCCCGUAAGACUGAUGAUGCCUCCCGACAACAAGAAGAGAUUACGCACCUCCUUUCCCAAAUUGUCGACCUGCAAAAGAAAGCCAAAUCUUUGGCGGUGGAGAAUGAAGAGCUCUCCCAGCAUCUCAUCGCAGCCAAGGAUGCUCAAAGGCAGCUCACUGCCGAGCUGCAAGAGUUGGAGGAGAAGUACUCAGAGUGUAUAGAGAUGCUGCACGAAGCCCAAGAGGAGCUGAAGAACCUGAGGAACAGAAACUACGCUGUGGGAACACCCAGACGCUACCAUCCUCUGGGGCUGUACCCCAUGGACUCACUGGCUGCAGAGAUCGAGGGAACAAUGAGGAAGGAGCUGAGUCUGGAUGACCCGGAGUGUGAACAGCAAAAAGUUCACCGCAAGCGCGUUUUCGAGACGGUCAAGAACGUCAACCAGACGGUCCGUCAGCGCUCUCUGACCCCGACCGGCGCCAACAUCCCGGGCUCCAACCAGUCCUUGUCCUCCUCCCGCACGUCGCCGCAGUCCAGCGGGCUCACAAGUCCUCACUCCAGCGUGUGCGGGGGGGACGUCGGCGGAGACGGCGUCACUCUUGACAACCGCACGCAGAGCAUCCUCAUGGAAACGGUGUCCAAUCAGGAGAGGAGCGCAGAGGGCCAAGAGAAGAAGGCGAGUGGAGCUGAGGAUUUGCGUCUGGCGUUGCGUCGCUUGUCUCUACGCCGUCAGAACAACCUGAGCGAGAGGCGCUUCUUUGAGGAGGAGAGGGAGCGCAAGCGAGGAGGAGGAGGAGGUCACCUGGACGCUCUUGGCCACGGGGGCAUGAUCACCCCCUCCGAAAGCAUCAUGUCACUGGGAAGCCUCCACUUGUGGGCCUCUAGGGGGCCCUACCUCCCUGACAAACUCCAGAUUGUCAAGCCGCUCGAAGGCUCGGCUACCCUGCACCACUGGCAGCAAUUAGCCCAGCCGCACCUCGGGGUCAUUCUGGACGCGAGGCCAGGAGUGGUGUCUAAAGGCUACAGACCCCUCGAACUAGAACUUGAACAGGUGUAUUCUUGGGGCAGCUUUGAGGAGGAUGAAGCAGCAGAUCGGUACUUUCAGAAUUUACCCACCUCCUCAUCCACCGCCUCUCCAGCUAUGCCCUGCACCGCCACCACCAGCACCGGCGCCAGCAGUCUGCCCUCGGCCCACCUGGGUCCACCUUCUCCACCUUCGCCGUCCCCUUCGCCGCAUCUCAGCAACACGGAUGCGCUAGCGGCAUACUACCCAGGUAAAUGCAUGGCCCAUACGAGCUCCACCUACACCUUCACCACAUGCCGCAUACUGCAUCCCACUGAUGAGCAGACGCGGGUCACGCCCAGUCUGAACGCCAUCCCCGCGUCGUCCUCCUGCGUGAUGACAAGCUCUCUGCUGGGAACGCCAGCCGCAACACCCUGCACGCCUCGCAGGCUCAGUCUGAGACCCUCGGAAUCAUCAACUAACCUCAGAGAUGCCACCCGCACCACCAGCACCUCCCUGGGCUUAGUACGCCUCCUUCAGGAGAGAGGGAUCUCUGCAGCCAUGUACCACCAGAGUCAGGGUCUGGACGCCGCUCAAGCCAGUCAGGGCGUCUUAUUCAGCACCUCCGUCACUCCCGACAGACCUCCUGACCCGGACCCCCUGCGCCCCACCACCCCUCCAAACUCCCCCACAGGACAGGGGGCUUCAUCAGUAGCCACCUCUAUGGGCUUCGACUUCAAGAGCCCCUCCUAUGACAACUUCCUGGCCUCCAAACCGGCGCGUUCCAUUCUGAAGGAGGUGACGGCGGGGAUGAGGGGCCGCCAGAGGGGCCGGGACUGCGAGAGUCAGACUGACGUGAGCGUGACCGUGCACAACCUCAACCUGCUGGAUAAGGUGAAGCGGCUGGGUGUGGCCGGAGCACCGGGGGCCAGAGCUGUGAGUCCAAGCCCAAUGCUGGGGCCUCUGGGUGGGCUGCGUAGAUCGGGCUCCCCCUUUGGGCCUGAUGGACUAAGACGGAACAGGAGUUAUCCGGCUAGCAUGGCCAUGAAAGCUCCAGGUCCUCCUGAGUGAUCAGGACUAGAGAAGUAGGAGGAGACAAUCAGGGAGGAGGACUGGCUGCUGGGCAGUCACAUGAUAUCUGGACGCUGCAAUGAACAACAAUGACACACUAAUGCAGGAUAAAUCAUCUACCUGCACAAUACAUUCAUUCUGUUUACUUAAUACCUGAAAAAUGAGCUUUGUUAUUAUUGCAAUGUUGUAUUGCAUCCCCUUGGGUGGUGUAGGUGUAGCUAAUGGUAGCUAACGUUGUGUCCUGUGUGUAUAUAGUCAUUUUUGUAACUUACUUUCAUUGUUUGAUGCUUCCUUUGAGACGUCUGCCUCCUCCCUUUCACUGCAAUGAAUACAAUAACAUUAAUGUAAAAAAAAACAUUACUAAUACCUCAUUUUAAACACUGGAAAAUCUUUUUUUGUUUGUUGCUAAUUUGGAUUUAGACCAAUCUAAAAAUAAUAUUCUAUGAUACAUAUAUAUAAAGUAUAUUAUGCCGCUGCUUCAAAGAUGUAGCACGCUUCUCACACACCUUUGCUGCCACUCCAUAGCAAAGUAUUUGUGUCACUAAUAUGAAGACUACAAAUUGACACAAGGUUUGGAUGCUUUCGCAAGGCAAACGUAAAUUGGCUGCCACACAGGGAAAGUUGAUGAUGGUGCUUCCAAGCUUGUGGACAGAUGCCCCAUGCCUGUAAAGUGGACCUUGUGGGAGGGGAGGAAGCUUUGAUUUAUGUUUGACAUGAGCGAGGGAUACAAUGAUGGUCACACUGCUUCAUUUUUAAGCCAUUCCGCUGUCUAUCACUGCUGAAAUGUCCAUAACAACUUAUGUGUGGUGCAUAACCACAUAUCACUAUAGGCAUUAGGGACAUUAUGCAAUCAAUCAGGGGUUUUGCAAUAAAACAAAAUUAACCGCCUAAGCUUUUUUCCAUUUCUCACAGUAACUCCUUAUCCCAGC